AGUUUUGAUUGAGACCGAAGUUUGAAAACUGAGUGGACUACUGAACAUUGUUCUAUUCACUUAAAAUGUUGACACUGACAUUACAUCCAGGAAUUGUGUAUUUUAUUAAGUAUUAAGAUGGUGCUGCAUGUGCUUGCAUUUAUGAAGGUGAGCAGGCUUUUAAACUGAAAUUAUUUGAUGGCUUAUACAAGGUAAACAAGUUGCUUUACUACAAAUAAGCCAUUUUUGUAGAGAGAUCAUAGUCAUCCAUCUGACUAAAUAUUUACUAAUGUUAAGUGGCUGUUGCUGCUAUCAAGCUGGCCAAGAGUUCUAUAGGCUUUACAUUUUUGGGAAUACUCUGGAUUUCAUCCAAUAUACCAGGUGGGUGAUAAAUUAUAUAAAUACUAACAAGUAAAACUAUUACCAAACAGUUUAACCCAGUGGUCACCAAACUCCGGCCCGCGGGCCGGAUACGGCCCGUCAGCACAUUUGGCCCGGCCCUCUGAACAAUACCAGAGACGCUAUCGAAUUUUUUUCCUAUUUGGCCUCCAGAAAAAAAAUCCUAGGCCCGGCCCUGUCAAAGAGAGAACGGAAUAAUGGCGAAAAGGUUAGCUAAGAGAAAAAUUUAUUCAGAAUGCAGGGUAUUUAACCUGCAGUGGACAAACAAUUUUUUUUUUUGUUCAAUGCGAAGAAAAGGCUGUUUGUCUCAUCUGUCAAGAGACUGGCGGUAUUCAAAGAAUACAAUCUUCGCCGACACUAUGAAUCCCGUCACAAAGACAAGUACGAUAGCUUGCAAGGCCAAAUACGAGCAGACAAACUCUCAAAGCUAAAAAGUGGACUACUCAGCAGAAUACAUUUGUACGCCAAGCUCAGCUGAACCAGGCAUCCGUUCGGGCCAGCUUUCGGGUUGCUAAACUGAUAGCAAGAAGCGGUAAGCCUUUCACUGACGGAGAGUUUGUUAAGAAAUGUAUGGAUGCUGUCGCGGAGGAGGUGUGUCCCGAGAAGAAAGAUGCAUUUAAUGCCGUAAGUCUGUCGGCGAGUACAAUCACCAGACGCGUUGAAGAAAUCGGGAGUAAUGUAUAUGCCCAGCUGCAGCAGAAGACGAAAGAAUUUGACUUUUUUUCAUUAGCACUGGAUGAGAGCACGGACGUGCAAGACACAGCGCAACUGCUAAUUUUUAUUCGUGGAGUUAGCGCAAACUUUGAGAUAUGCGAGGAGCUGGCAGCCCUCCAAAGUCUCAAAGGGACUACAACGGGAGAGGAUAUUUUUGACAAAGUGUGCCAAACCAUGGAGAAGUUGGACCUGGACUGGUCAAAGCUGGUCAAAGCUAGCAUCACGACUGACGGGGCUCCUAGCAUGGUGGGCGAAACUCGCGGUCUAAUAGGACGCAUGAACCGGGAGUUGGAAAAAAGGGGUCUCACCGCCCCGCUACGAGUCCACUGCCUAAUUCACCAGCAAGCACUGUGCUGCAAAGUGUUGAAGUGGGAUUCUGUAAUGAAGGUUGUGGUGUCGUGCAUAAACUUCAUCAGAGCAAAGGGACUUAAACACAGGCAGUUCCAAGAAUUCCUGUCUGAACUGGAGUCUACGCACGGAGAUGUGCUGUACUACACAGAGGUCCGAUGGCUGAGCCGGGGCAGAGUUUUGAGGCGUUUUUACGAGCUGCUACCCGAAAUUAACGCAUUUCUUCAUUUAAAAGACAAAACGGUCCCAGAGCUGAUCGACCCAGAAUGGAAAUGGCACCUCGCAUUUUUAACAGACGUGACAGAAAUACUUAACAGCCUUAACUUGCAGCUACAAGGCGAGGGGAAACUCAUUUGCGACAUGUAUUCACACAUAAAAGCAUUUGAGGUGAAAUUAGCGCUGCUUUUGGAACAAGUGAAAAGCGCAACUUCGUCCAUCUUCCUGCUACCCAAAACCUGUCGACAGAGAACCCAGCGGUCCCGUUCCCAGCUGAAAAGUGCGUGGAAGCACUGGAAAUGCUGAAGGCGGAGUUCGGUGUGCGAUUCAGUGAACUACAUGUUCAUGCAAAAGAAAUCCGUCUUUUUCAGAACCCCUUUGUUGCCGACAUUGAUGAAGCCCAGCCUUCAUAUCAGUUUGAGUUGGCUGAGUUACAGAACUGUGAUGUUCUGAAAGACUCAUUCAAGCCCAACAGUCUCAUUGACUUCUAUGCCGCCCUCCCAAACGACACAUAUCCAAACAUCAAAAAACACGCAAUGAAAAUGUCCACAGUUUUUGGCAGCACGUAUAUCUGCGAGAAAACCUUUUCUCGCAUGAAACUGCUGAAAACCCGAUGAGAUCAAGAUUGACAGAUGAACAUUUGCAUCAGUGCUUGAGACUGGCUGUAACUAGAAUGGAACCUGAUAUUCAACUUCUCACCAGCCAGAUGCAGGCCCACAGUUCACACUGAUGAACAUACAUAGGGAAGUUGAUGAGAGAGAGCUGCAAACAGCGGUGUCUACAAGCCUACUGGAACCUACAAAAGGAUUAUAAGGAAGGAACACAAGAACUUUAAGAGACUGCUCAUAUGUGUCAGAGAGAUUCUGCUCUGACAACUGAGCUGAACUUUUAUCUGUUAAGAUUGUGCAUGGCACGACAGAAAGUUAAUGUUCCAUGGCUUUUUUUUCUAUGAAGAACCCAGAGAGAGUUAUUUAGUUAUUAUUUAUUUCCUGUUUUUUCUGUGAAGAACUCAGAGAGGGUUAUUUAGUUAUUAUUUAUUUCAUUAAUAGUGUUAUUUGUUUCCUGACUUUUUUUCUGUAAAUAACCUGGAAAGGGUUAUUUGGUUAUGUGUGGCUUUCUGGAAAACAAUAAAUUUUUUAAGCUCCCCUA